UCCUAAAACCCUCAGUAGCUAGCUCACUUUCUCAACUGUCAGCAAGUAACCAUUGCUAUCACUGCAAAAAUGACUGCCACCGUUGCAAGAAUAGAAACCUACGACGAUUUUGUGAAGGUUCAUGGUCUGCUAUUAGCUGCUUCAGGACUACCUCAAUCAUUGCACUAUAAACUCUUCGAAAAACUCACUUCAGAGGCCUUUGAUGGCGGCGCUUACUUCCAAAUUGAGCCGUGCGAGGAUAGCCGGCAGCGGCGGCUCCUGUUCACCUCCGAUUCUAUGCCUGCAGAGUCAAAUGUUUUUCUCGUUGACCAUGCCUGGACUUUUCGCCUCUCUGAUGCUUAUACACAGUUACAAGAAGUUCCAGGUUUGGCUCGGAGAAUGGCUUCUUUGAUGUGUGUGGAUAUUGAUUUGAAUUCUGAUGUUAAAGAUGGGAAUGGGGUUGCUGAAGAGAACAAUCCUAAAUUGAAUGUGUUGGACGUGGUUGAGAAAGAUAUUAAUGAUGCUAAAGUUACAGGCUUUGAUACUGUUAGGUGGUUGGAGCUUGAGGAGCUUGACAUGGAUGAUGAUAUGUUGCUCUCUCUUGAUUUGUCCUGUAAAUUUCCAGACUUAACAGCGCUUAGCCUAUGUGGAAACAAGCUUGUGCACGCAGACAUAAUUGUGCAAGAAGUUACCAAGUUGAAAAAUCUAAGGGCUCUCUGGCUGAAUAACAAUCCAGUUCUAGAAAACUGUGAUGGUCAUAUGAUGAAUGCAAUUGUCCAAGGAUGUCCGAAAUUGGAAAUCUACAACUCACGUUUCACCAGUAAUUUUGGUGAGUGGGCCUUGGGAUUUUGCGGAGACAUAUAUGACAAGGAUAAUCCUGGCUGCAUCAGUCAGAGUGACUCUCAGUUCCAAAGUGUGACAUCCCUUGACCUUUCAAACAGAUAUAUUAAUUCUCUGAUUAAUAAGGCAUUUUCUCCCGUUGAGAUGCCAUUACUUUCACAUCUGAAUAUUCGGGGAAAUCCACUGGAGCAGAAUUCAGUUAGUGAAUCAUUGGCAUUAUUGGAAGGAUUUCCUUGUUUACAAUCUUUGGAGGUGGAUAUUCCUGGUCCCCUUGGAGAUAGUGCUGUAGAAAUUCUCGAAUCUCUUCCCAACCUUUCUUUGUUGAAUGGUGUCAAAGCAUCAAAAAUAUUAGAAACAGGAAACCAUGUGAUUGACUCAAAACUUCACCCUCGCCUUCCCGAAUGGGCAGCUGAUGAACCUCUUGCUGAUCGUGUACUUAAUGCAAUGUGGUUAUAUUUAAUGUCAUAUAGACUUGCAGACGAGGAAAAACUUGAUGAAACCUCAGUAUGGUAUGUGAUGGAUGAACUAGGUUCCGCUUUACGACACAGUGAUGAGCCAAAUUUCAGGGUAGCUCCUUUUCUCUUCAUGCCAGAGGGGAAGCUGGAAUCAGCAGUGAGCUAUUCCAUAUUAUGGCCCAUCCAGAAUGUUCAAAAUGGAGAUGAAUGCACUCGUGAUUUCCUUUUUGGUUUUGGAGAAGACAAACAGCGUUCUGCCAGGCUGACUGCAUAUUUCCAUACACCACAAAAUUAUUUUAUCCAAGAGUACGAGAAAUUCUAUCAAAGAUUGCAAUUCAAAAAUUUAACUUCUCUACCUGUGAAGUCUUCUUCAACUAGACGCUUGUGCCGCAUUGAUGGACGUCCUUUGCGUGUUUACACUGAUAUACCUCCAGUGGAAGAAUUCUUGACUCGACAUGAAUUUGUAAUCACAACUGAACCCAAGGAUGCAGAUAUUAUAUGGACAAGUAUGCAGGUGGAUGAUGAAAUGAAAAGAGCUACUGGAAUUACAGAUGAGCAAUAUGUAAACCAGUUUCCUUUUGAGGCUUGCCUUGUAAUGAAACAUCAUUUGGCAGAGACUGUUCAGAAGGCUUAUGGAUCUCCUGAAUGGUUGCAACCAACUUAUAAUCUAGAAACACAUCUGUCGCCAUUUAUUGGUGAUUAUUGUAUUCACAAAAGAGAUGGAACAAACAACCUAUGGAUCUUAAAGCCUUGGAACAUGGCACGUACUAUUGAUACGACUGUUACUGAGAAUCUGUCUGCUAUUAUCCGGUUAAUGGAGACUGGUCCAAAAAUAUGCCAGAAAUAUAUUGAGCGCCCAGCAUUGUUUCAAGGGAAGAAAUUUGAUCUCCGUUAUAUAGUACUGGUUCGCAGCAUGAAUCCUUUGGAAAUAUUUCUCACGGAUAUUUUCUGGGUUAGAUUGGCGAAUAACCAAUACACACUAGACAAGCACAGCCUUUUUGAGUACGAGACUCACUUCACAGUAAUGAACUAUCGCGGAAAACUGAAUUACAAGAACACACCAGAGUUUGUUAGGGAAUUUGAGCAGGAGCAUCAAGUUAAAUGGUCAGAUAUCCAUCAGAGAGUUAGAAAUAUGAUUCGAUCUGUUUUUGAGGCAGCUACACUAGUACAUCCAGAAAUGCAUAAUCCAAAUUCUAGGGCAAUGUAUGGGGUGGAUGUAAUGCUUGAUAGCUCUUUCCACCCAAAGUUAUUAGAGAUAACGUACUGUCCGGACUGUACAAGAGCAUGCAAAUAUGACACGGAGUCUGUAUUUGGACCCGGAGAAGUAGUCAGAGGCCAAGACUUCUACAACUGUGUGUUUGGCUGUCUGUUUUUGGAGGAAACUACCCAUGUAAAGCCAUUGUAAUUAGUAUCGACUUAUAGGAUAGUGUACGCCCUCGUUAAGUGAGCCUCCUUGUGUCUUUUAUUUCACAAAUUUCAUCAUUUCUGCUUUACAUGUGAUCUUGUUACUUGGCUUGUAUGAUGAAGUUAAGAUCUGCACCAACAAUAUCAGGCCAUUUGUGAUAGUUACUGUAGUGUAAUUAAGGCAAUACAUUAAUGUUUGGCAGAGUUUAGUGUUA